UCUGGCAACAUAGCUUCAUCGUCUAGUUUCGAUGUCUGAGGCAUUUCAGUAGUUUGCUCGUAAACUGAAAAACUUACGUUUCGUUAUUGUUUAAAUUUAUCUUAUUCUGACAGCUACUCUGUGGUCUUUCUUCUCCUUUUACAAGCUGAUUAUUUAUUGGAAAAACUUCAUUUCCGCGUGGUUGGAUGUGUUGUUAUGGCAACAGAGUCACCUCCUGCCUAGCAUUCAAACAGCUGCAGCUAGUCUCAAGUUAUUGGCCGUUUGGCACAUUGUAGACGACCCGGAGUUACACGGCUAUUAUUGAAGUCAUGGCUCAAUAUAGAGCCUCUGAGUCGAAGCGGGAACAAUUUAGAAGAUACCUCGAAAAAUCUGGAGUCCUCGACACCUUAACAAGCGUUUUAGUUGCUCUUUAUGAGGAGCCUGAGAAACCUAACAAUGCCCUGGAUUUCAUAAAGCUUCAUCUUGGGGCAGCUGGUCCAGAGCCAGCAGACACAGAGGCUCUUCGUACAGAGCUGGCUGAUCUACAACAGAAAUACAACGAGCUCAUGGAGGAGAACAAAGAGCUGAGGAGCAAGCUGAUGCAGUAUGAACCGUCGCCUGAUGGGGAAGCAGCAGAGUAGAGAGGUUGUCUUUGCUUUUGUGGAGGAAUAAAAAGAAAAAUGUUACUAAAGCCUUGUUUGUAGAGUAUGUAACUGUUUAUUGAAUAAUGGAUGUACAGUGAAUGCAAAAUCACUGUUACUUUUUUGUUGUAUAACAAGAAGCUUUCUAAAAUAAAAAAAAUUUCAGCAUCA